AUGGUAAAUGUUACUACUCCCAAAAGCCUGGCUGUUCUUCACUCCCACCAUUAUUGAACUCCAUUUCUUCUUGAUUUAGAUCCAUCUCCACAGUCCACACACUCGCUAAAUGGUGUGUGUGAGAGAGAAACAGAUUCUGUGUGUCUGAAACGACACAGCUCCUCCUACUGUCGAAGCUGCUGUACUCAAAUGUCCAAAACCCACCUUUGACUUUCAACGAAUCGACUUUCUUCUAUCUACUCGCCCAAUCGCUUGUUGGUUUGGACUUUCAAUCUCCAGAUUGAUUUAUUCUUCAAGCAUUCCCUCUACACGUGUAAACCAUCAUCUGGAAAUAUCAUAUCAAUAUGUAUAGACCCUCGCCUGUUAGAAACCAGAGGUCGAAAGGAAUCAAGACCAAACAUGUUCUUCAAGUUUGUUUGUUGGUUGCGGUAUGCUUCUGGUUGAUCUUUCAAGUCAAGAGGUCCCACGACAAGAAGCGAGAGUUUGAUGCGAGUGAUCCGAAGAUCUCAUCAAGCACGCACACACAGAGUAGUGAUGAAAUCGUUAAAUUUGGAAGAAAAGAUCUCCAGCCAAAAUUAGAGGAAAAAACCAAAGAAGUUGAGAUACAUGAAGAAGUAGAAGAACAAGAACAGGAACAAGAAGAAGAAGAGCAAGAACAAGCAGAACAUGAGGAUAACAAGCAUGAGGUUGAAGAUCAAGAUGAAGACAAGAUCGAGGAGGAAAAAGAUGACGAAAGAGGGGGAGCGGAUGAUGAGAUUGAUGAAAACGAGCAAGAGAAGAUAAAAGUGGAGAUUGAUCGAGAAGAGAUGAAUACAGUGGAUGAAGACAAGGAGAUAGAAGAGAGCGAAGAGAAGGAAAACGAAGAAAAAGAUGGACAAAAUCAGAUGGAAAACACGGAUUCUUUAGAUGAUCAUGGUGAAGAUGGAUCCACCAUUCAUACCAACGAAGCACGCGAAGAACACUACAAAGCAGAUGAUGCCUCUAGCGCAGUUACAAACGAAAACGGGAAUGGAACUUCAGAUAACUCGAAUGGGAACGUUGGUCUAGUAGAUAAAGAUCAAACAGCCAAAAACGGAGCUCCUUCGAAUACCACAAUGAUUCAAGAAAUCAGCUCAGAAUCGACUCUUACCUCCUUGAAUUCUACAAAAUCCAUAGAUGCCCAUGAAAACGAACCUCCUUCAAAUACCACAGUGACCACAACUGAUUCAACUCAAUCUCAAAAUGUCACAGAUGGAGUCACGGAUUAUAUUUUAGAGGUUUUGAAGUCUAAUGAAUCGAAUAUCUCAAAAACAGAGGUCGAAAAUGAUGCAGGUGAAGGUGAGAAUUUGGAGAAUAAGGAUGGAACGGAAGAGACUCUGGAAUCAUAUGAAACAAAACCCGAAGAAUUGGAUCAAAAUGAGACCGAUGAUCCAUCACGUUCAGAGGAGAAAGAGGUGCGCACAGAUCUAGAGACCGAUGAUCCAUCACAUUCAGAGGAGAAAGAGGUGCGCACAGAUCUAGAGACGUUGCCAGAGAUCGAAACGGAGGGCGGCAACAGUGAAGAUACUGCUGCAGAAUGAAAGAAGAAGAAGAAGAAGAUGGUUUUUGUAUUAAUUUUGAAGUUGUAAUUCUUAUUUCCACUUUGUUUUCUUCCUUCAGAACUUGUGGUCUCUUGUGGAAUGUUGGCUGCCAAAAGUGUAGUAGGAUAGUGAGUCGAUAUUAAUAGCUUUUGAUCUAUAUACCGUUUCCAUUUUUUAUAUGAAUUUUUAUUUAUCUU